AUGUCUCUCCUCAAUCUUCCAAAUGAAGUACUCCUUCUGAUCAUCGAAACCCUAUCGAGUCAGAAGGACAUUCUAUACUUUUUGAUGACAAGUCGCCGAAUCUAUCAUAUUCAACAAGUGGAUCCGCUCUACAAAUUUAAUAUCAAGUUUGGCGGAAGCUCAUCCCUGCGAUGGUACUCUCGAAAGGGUCAUACACUACCCAUAGAGGCACUGCUCAAAAGGGGCGCUGAUCUGGAGUGCACAAAUGAGCGUGGUUGGACACCACUGAUAUAUGCCGCUCUCUAUGGGCACGAGGAGGUGGUGAGAUUAUUGCUUGAGAAGGGUGCUGUUCUAGAGUGCACAGAUGAGCGUGGUUAUACACCACUGAUAUAUGCCGCUUCUUUAGGGCAUAAGGAUGUGGUUAGACUAUUACUUGAAAAUGGCGCUGAUCUUGAUAAUGAUGAUCAUCCGUAUGGGCGCACACCAGUGAUAUGGGCUGCUAUGAAUGGGCACGAGGAUGUGGUCGGACUACUGCUUGAAAAAGGUGCUCGUCUUGGUCUUGUCGAUAAUGAAUAUCAUCGCACACCAGUUAUAUGGGCAGCCAAAAAAGGAAACGAGGGUGUCGUUAGGCUGCUACUAGCAAGGGGUAUUGACCUUAGCCACGGAGAUGGGGAAGGUUACACACCAUUAGCAUGGGCUGCUAUAGAAGGACAUGAGGGAGUGGUCAGACUAUUGCUUGAAAAAAGCGCUGAUUUCAAGAACAAAAUCGAGGCAGCCGUACACCAGUGUUAUGGGCUGCCAAAAGAGAACACGAGGAUGUGGUCAGACUAUUGCUUGAAAAAGGUGCUGAUCUCAAGCACAAAAACUUUCACGGCAGUACACCAGUGGUGUAUGCUGUCACAACAGGACAUGAGGGUAUACUUAGGCUGCUACUUGAGAACGGUGCUGAGCUGUGGUGUGUAUCUAAACGGGGUUACACCAGAUUAG